AUGCAGAAGAGCGUGCGAUACAACGAGGGGCAUGCCCUAUACCUGGCGCUGCUGGCCCGAAAGGAAGGCACCAAGCGGGGUUAUCUAAGCAAGAAGACGGCGGAGACCAACCGCUGGCACGAGAAGUGGUUCGCCCUAUACCAAAACGUGCUGUUCUACUUCGAAGGCGAGCAGAGCGCCAGGCCCGCCGGCAUGUACAUGCUGGAGGGUUGCAACUGUGAGCGGGUGCCGGCUCCCAAGGGGUGCGUCGCCGGCAGCGCCAAGGAUACUGCGUUGGAUAAGCAGCAUUACUUUACUGUUCUUUUUGGCCAUGAAGGGCAGAAGCCGCUGGAGCUGCGUUGUGAUGAUGAAGCUGAUGGGGAUGAAUGGGUAGAAGCUAUUCACCAAGCUAGUUAUUCAGAUAUUCUUAUUGAAAGGGAGGUGUUAAUGCAGAAGUACAUUCAUCUUGUCCAGAUUGUAGAGACUGAAAAGAUUGCAGCUAAUCAACUUCGACAUCAGCUUGAAGACCAAGACACAGAAAUUGAAAGACUUAAAUCUGAGAUUGUAGCUCUCAACAAAACAAAAGAAAGAAUGCGGCCUUACCAAGGCAACCAGGAAGAUGAGAACCCAGAUAUUAAAAAAAUUAAAAAGGUCCAGAGCUUUAUGCGAGGGUGGUUAUGUAGAAGAAAAUGGAAAACUAUUGUCCAAGAUUAUAUUUGCUCUCCCCAUGCAGAAAGCAUGAGAAAAAGGAAUCAGAUAGUUUUUAACAUGGUGGAGGCUGAAUCUGAAUAUGUACAUCAACUUUAUGUUCUUGUGAACUGUUUUCUGCGGCCCUUAAGAAUGGCUGCAAGUUCAAAGAAGCCACCUAUCAGUCAUGAUGAUGUUAGUAGCAUUUUCCUCAACAGUGAAACUAUCAUGUUUCUUCAUGAAAUAUUUCACCAAGGCUUAAAAGCAAGAAUAGCUAACUGGCCUACCUUAAUCCUAGCUGAUCUAUUUGACAUUCUACUGCCAAUGCUGAACAUAUAUCAAGAAUUUGUUCGGAAUCAUCAAUAUAGUCUACAAGUACUGGCAAACUGUAAGCAAAACAGAGAUUUUGACAAACUCUUGAAGCAGUAUGAAGCCAACCCAGCAUGUGAGGGACGAAUGCUGGAAACUUUCCUUACUUACCCCAUGUUUCAGAUUCCUAGGUAUAUUAUAUCACUUCAUGAACUACUGGCUCACACACCACAUGAACAUGUUGAGAGAAAAAGCCUUGAAUUUGCUAAAUCUAAACUAGAAGAACUUUCAAGGGUGAUGCAUGAUGAAGUGAGCGACACAGAAAACAUCCGAAAGAAUCUAGCCAUAGAAAGAAUGAUAGUAGAAGGCUGUGAUAUAUUACUAGACACCAGUCAGACCUUUAUACGCCAAGGUUCCCUUAUUCAAGUCCCUUCAGUUGAAAGGGGAAAACUUAGUAAAGUUCGUCUGGGAUCAUUAUCUUUGAAGAAAGAAGGAGAAAGGCAGUGCUUCUUAUUUACAAAACAUUUUUUAAUUUGUACAAGAAGUUCAGGAGGAAAACUGCAUCUUCUCAAGACAGGAGGAGUUCUGUCUUUAAUAGAGUGCACACUGAUUGAGGAGACAGAAACAAGUGAUGAUGAUUCAAAAAGUUCUGGACAAGUGUUUGGACACCUUGAUUUCAAGCUUGUAGUUGAACCUACAGAUGCUCCUUCUUUUACUGUUGUCCUUUUAGCCCCAUCAAGACAGGAGAAAGCUGCAUGGACAAGUGACAUAAGUCAGUGCAUUGAUAAUAUAAGGUGCAAUGGUUUAAUGACCAUAGUGUUUGAAGAAAACUCUAAGGUCACAGUGCCACAUAUGAUCAAAUCUGAUGCUCGUCUUCAUAGAGAUGACAUUGAUAUCUACUUCAGCAAAACACUGAAUUCCUGCAAAGUACCCCAAAUCCGUUACGCAAGCGUUGAGCGCCUUUUGGAGCGUCUAACAGAUCUGCGAUUUCUAAGCAUUGAUUUUCUGAAUACUUUCCUACAUACUUACCGCAUAUUUACUACUGCAGCUGUGGUGCUGGAAAAACUUUCAGAUAUAUACAGACGGCCCUUUACUUCUAUUCCUGUCAGGUCUCUGGAGUUGUUCUUUGUUACUAGUCAAAACAAUAGAGGAGAGUACCUGGCUGAUGGGAAGUCACCACAUCUUUGUCGCAAAUUUUCUUCUCCUCCUCCCUUGUCACUCUCCAGAACAUCCUCACCUGUCAGAGCCCGAAAAUUGUCACUGACAUCACCACUAAAUUCAAGGAUUGGUGCCCUUGACCUCUCUGCUUCAUCUGUGGCAAGCAGUCCUACCUCAACCUACAGCCCGGCCACCUCCCCACCACCGUCAGGUAGCAAAGUACCGCUGGACCUUAGCAGAGGGCCUUCCUCUCCUGAGCAAAGCCCUGGCUCCAUAGAGGACAGCCUGGAGAACCCUCGUGUUGACCUCUGUAACAAGUUGAGGAGAAGCAUUCGAAGAGCAGUUCUAGAGUCUGUUUCAGUGGACCGGACAAUUCCUGAAAGCACCUCAGCAGUGGAUGCCACAGAGCUUUCCCCAUGUAGAUCCCCUUCGACACCACGUCAUCUCCGCUAUCGUCAGCCAGGAGUCCAAACUGCUGACAACACCCACUGUUCGGUUUCUCCAGCUUCUGCUUUUGCCAUUGCUACAGCUGCAGCAGGGCAUGGGAGUCCACCAGGAUUUAACAAUUCUGAACGCACAUGCGACAAAGAGUUUAUAAUACGCAGAGCGGCCACAAAUCGUGUCCUAAAUGUCUUGCGCCACUGGGUCUCCAAGCAUUCUCAGGAUUUUGAGCUGAACAAUGAACUGAAAAUGAAUGUGUUAAAUUUGCUGGAAGAAGUUUUGAGAGACCCUGACCUUUUGCCACAAGAAAGAAAAGCUACAGCAAAUAUACUGAGGACUCUUUCACAAGAUGACCAAGAUGAUACCCACUUAAAAAUAGAGAAUAUCAUUCAGAUGUCAGAUUGCCCAAAACCAGAGUGCUUUGAGACUUUGUCAGCCAUGGAGCUUGCCGAGCAAAUAACUCUCUUAGAUCACAUAGUUUUCCGAAGCAUACCCUAUGAAGAGUUUCUUGGGCAGGGCUGGAUGAAAAUGGAUAAAAAUGAGAGAACGCCCUAUAUUAUGAAAACUAGUCAACAUUUUAAUGAUAUGAGUAACCUUGUUGCCUCCCAAAUCAUGAAUUAUGCUGAUGUUAGCUCCCGUGCUAACUCAAUUGAAAAGUGGGUAGCAGUAGCUGAUAUAUGUCGAUGUAUGCACAAUUACAAUGGUGUGUUAGAAAUCACCUCAGCCUUGAACAGAAGUGCAAUCUACAGACUUAAGAAAACAUGGGGUAAAGUAUCCAAACAGACAAAAGCUCUCAUGGACAAGCUUCAGAAGACUGUAUCAUCUGAAGGAAGAUUUAAAAACCUUAGAGAAAUGCUCAAAAAUUGUAACCCACCUGCUGUUCCCUACCUUGGAAUGUACCUAACAGACCUGGCAUUUAUUGAGGAAGGAACACCAAACUUCACUGAGGAAGGCCUUGUCAAUUUUUCAAAAAUGAGAAUGAUCUCUCAUAUUAUCAGGGAAAUACGCCAGUUCCAGCAGACGUCCUACCGCAUAGAGCAUCAGCAGAAGGUCACUCACUAUUUACUUGACAAGACUCUCAUCAUAGAUGAAGACACCCUGUAUGAGCUUUCCCUGAAGAUUGAACCCAGACUCCCUGCCUGA